AUGGAGGGAAUGUUAGCCCUGCGCUUCCAUCCGGACAAAAAUCCCGAUAACUUAGAGGCGGGCGAGAAGUUCAAAGACAUAAACAGAGCGAAUACUAUCCUAUCGGACGUAACGAAGCGUAAUAUUUACGACAAUUACGGCUCUCUUGGCCUCUAUAUAGCGGAACAGUUUGGCGAAGAGAAUGUCAACACGUAUUUCGUUUUGACCAGUGGUUGGUGUAAAGCCAUCUUCUUCUGCACAGCAGUCUUCACGUGUUGUUACUGUUGUUGUUGUCUUUGCUGUUGUUUCAACUUCUGUUGCGGCAAAUGUCGACCAAAACAUCCCGAAGAGGAUUACGUUCCAGAUUUG